CUUCCCUUCUCCUCUGUCUUUGGUGCCUUUAGGAAGAAGAUUCUUUCACUGGAUUUUAAGCCAGACCAACAUGUGCUUCAGUUGUCAAGGGUGGCCCCUGUGAAGUGUCGAUUGGUGGUGGUGAAUCUGAAAGUGGUUGAGUAUUUGGACCCUCAGAUCAAGGCUUUAUGGUAUCCCAGAGCCCGACACAAAGAGGACCAAAGUAAAAAAUCCAUCUCACAAAACGACAGUGCUAUACCUACGAACUUUUGCUGGCACUUCUGGAACUUCAGUUAUCACAAAGCGGCUGGACCCCGUGAGACCGUCAGCCAGCUUCAAGAAUUAUGCCGCCUGUGGCUGAGACCAGAGAUCCACUCAAAAGAGCAAAUUCUGGAACUGCUUGUGCUAGAACAGUUUCUGACCAUUCUGCCAAGGGAGGUGCAAUCUCAGCUAGAGAAGCAGCAUCCGUAGAGCCCUGAAGAGGCGGCGACCCUGGUUGAAUACCCGCAGAGGGACUCUGGGGAAGUGAGGAACGGGCAUUAUCUGUGCUCAGAUAGACCCAAGGUGAUUUCCUUUCUGGAACAAGGAGAAGAGCCAUGGGUUCAAGGUUCCUCAGACUUCAAAGAUAGUCCCAUAGAAUCUCCUGCAGGGCUGAAGCAGAAAGUUGACACUGAAAGUCACCAGCCUGCACCUCUUUCUGAGACACAAACACCAGUGCAGUGUCAAAAAAAAAAAAAAAAAAGCCCAGAGUGAAAGUUUCCCAGAAAGCAA